AUGGCUCCAGCAGCUGCCGGAGAAAGGUCUCUAAAAGAGACACCCACAUGGGCUGUUGCCAUUGCCUGUGCAGUUUUCAUACUUAUUUCUAUAAUUAUAGAACAAGCAAUUCAUGCUCUUGGAAAGUGGUUCCAGAAACGCAAUAAGAAAGCUAUGCUUGAAGCUUUGGAGAAAAUAAAAGCUGAGCUCAUGCUUUUGGGAUUCAUAUCUCUGCUACUUACGGUGGGCACAAGAUAUCUUCCAAAAAUAUGCAUCCCAGAAAAGUAUGGUAAUACGAUGCUGCCAUGUGAGCUAGAGAGCAAGUAUAAAGAGGAUGGGGGCGGCAAGGAUGAUGGCAAAAACAAAGGAGGAGGAGGAGAUGGCGGUGAUGAUAAUGACAGACGACGAAAGUUACUUGAAUUUGCUGAAACCAUGAUAUGGCGUCGAGUUUUAGCCCCUAGUGGAGGAGAUUCCUCUGCUUGUUCAGAGGGUAAAGUGCCGCUGAUAUCUCCAUCUGGGAUGCACCAAUUGCACAUCUUCAUCUUUGUGCUUGCUGUUUUUCAUGUUGUGUACAGUGUCAUUACCAUGGCACUAGCGCAGGCCAAAAUGAAGAAAUGGAAAGCUUGGGAAUCAGAGACAUCGUCCUUGGAAUAUCAAUUCACAAAUGACCCUUCAAGGUUCAGGUUUAUUCGACAAACUUCGUUUAUAAAGCGUCACUCAGGCUUUUCUACAAUGCCUGGAAUAAGAUGGAUUGUGGCAUUUUUCAGGCAAUUCUUUGGUUCAGUUACGAAGGUGGACUAUCUGACCAUGCGCCACGGAUUUAUCAAUGCACAUUUUGCUCCAAAUAGCAAAUUUGACUUCCAUAAAUAUAUUAAGAGAUCCAUGGAAGAUGACUUCAAGGUCGUCGUGGGUAUUAGUAUACCACUAUGGAUUUUUGCCGUGGUGUUUUUGGUUCUAAAUGUUCACCAAUGGCACACGUUCACUUGGUUGUCAUUGGCGCCACUCGUUAUUCUUCUUGUAGUGGGUACAAAGCUUGAGCUUAUCAUCAUGGAGAUGGCUCAAGAAAUGCACGAUCGAACUACAGUGGUUAAAGGCGCUCCCGUUGUAGAGCCAAGCAACAAAUUUUUUUGGUUUAAUCGGCCUGAGUGGAUUCUCCUCUUAAUUCAUUUCACAUUAUUCCAGAACGCUUUUCAAAUGGCGUAUUUCUUAUGGACAUCUUUGGAAUUUGGGUUCACAUCAUGCUUCCAUGAAAACUUGCCUCUGAUACUGACAAGGGUUUUCCUUGGGGUAGCCCUACAGAUCCUAUGCAGUUACAUUACCUUCCCUCUUUAUGCUUUGAUUACACAAAUGGGAUCUCACAUGAAGAAAGCAAUU